AUGUCUGAACCCAUCCGCAUCAGAAUCCCGAAGCAGGGACACACCGCCCACAUCGCCGACAACGACGAGCAUGACAUCCACAAGCUCAGCCAGCAUCAGCCAUCCAGCUCAGCCAAACGCACCAAGCGCCGCCUCGUCACAUCCGACAGCGAGGACGACAUUCCUUCCAGCGACCUCAAUGCACUUUCCAACGCCCACGACCUCUCCUCCCCCAACGCUCCUCCCCGCCUGAAGCGCGCCCGUACUUCCACAGUCACCAACUCCAGCACUACCAAUGUCAUCGCCAGUACUAAAGCGAACUUGCAUGCCCCUACCGCCGCUGGUGACACCGCCUACCACGCCAUGAUGAACAUGUCCCCGCUCACAGAGCCCGACGUGGACGCUAUGGACCUCGACGUCGACAUACUAGACAGCGAAGACGAGCCCGUAACGCAGUCUCUGCCUCCCCCUCUGCGCAGCGCCGCACACAAGGCUAGAGCCGCUGCUGUUGCUGCGCUGCGGAGCCCCGAGGACACGCGGUUUCUCGCUGCCCACGACGACGACGACGACGACGUUAACGACAACGGCGACGACGGCGCCGACAACGACUACGCGGGCGACAGCCACGCCCCGCCAAAGUUCAAGCAGAAGAAGGAACGCGCGGGCUCGUAUCGUGCUCACGCCGGCGAGGCGCGCAAGAAGCGCCACGUCGUGUACUCGUCUGACGAGGAGGCAGAUGCGGAUCUGGAUGUUGUCGUCGAUGACGACGACGAAGUGUUCGACCUCGGCAGGGCGUUGGGGGACGAUGACGGCGAGGACGACGCGUUCGAUCUCGACGAGCACGAGCCGCGGAAGCGCGGUGCCGCGAGGGGCCGGCGCGGGGCAGCGGGCGGCAAGGGCCUAGGGAAGGGGAAGAUGGUGUUGGGGAUUGGCAAGGACAAGGGCAGGAAGGAGAGGAAGGAGGAGCGCGAGAUUCUCGCGCGGGAUAAGCGCAACUUUGCUGCUCCCCAAGCCGCGCUGGCGAUAUCCUCUGCGUCGGUGGCUGCCUCGACUACGGCUGACUCGGGCAGGGACAGGGACAGCGGGGGCGCAGACGCGCUGUUUGAUAAUCCAGCAGCCGGCGCCAGCGCCGCGGCGGAUGCGGAUGCUGCAGAUGGGCCCGCGAGGCAGGAGAGCGGCGCCGCGUCCGUGGCGACGUCGACGCCCACGCCUACGUCCACCCAGCCGAAGAAGAAGCUCCCGACGAUCAGGAAGACAAAAGCCGCGAACGCGGGGGGCUCGUCUGCGGGCUCGACGCCGUCGCGGCCCGGGACUGCCGCACAGGCGGCGGGGUCGUCAGGCGCAGCUGCUGCGCCGCCGCCUGGCGGGGGCGACGAGCUCGCGAAGCUCACGGCGCCGAGCGCGGCGGCGCGCAAGCCUGCUGCGUUUGCGGGGAUCUCGGACGUCGAUCUGAGCAACAAGGAUAUAUACGCGGAGCUGUUUAGAGGGGGCGGGGGCAAGAGUUCCUCUGCGGGGCUCAGCAGGCAGGAAAAGGAGCGGCAGCGGCGAGCUGAGCUCGAUCGUAUGCGCGACGAGGCGCGGGCGAAGCGAGUCGCCGACGCUACAAAGCCGUUCGACUUGCAAGAACAGGCAGACAAGAUCGCGCGGUACGAAGAGCGCUUCAAGCGCGAACAGAGCUUCGUGCUGUACCCAAACUUCCUCGCGGCCAAGUUCCGCUCCGAAUGGGACAACGCGCGCACACGUCGGCGAGAGCAGCAGCCCGAGGCGCAGGACGCUCGGGCGGCAUAG